AUGUCUUCAAAAGGAGUCUACAGCACUCCGUGUUCCCAGGCGGUCACCCAUCCCAGUACUAACCGAGCCCGACGUUGCUUAACUUCAGUGAUUGGACAAGAACUGGUGCUUUCAACGUGGUAUGGCCGUAGAUAUUCUAUGGGAAUCAGAUUGAACAACGAUAAUUAUCCCAAUCAACCUUGA